AUGAUAGAGAAAUGGAAGGAUAACCCACUCUUUCGACUACUUGCUUUUCUGGAUGUCGUUGGCCUUCAGCGUUUUUCCCACGCAAAUGACUUAAAAAGUGACGGCACCUUCAUAAACCCCGAUCGGACGGUUGGUGCCGGGACUGUGAUGCACAACAUCCUGCGCAGCGGCCUCCACGCAUUACGCGCCAACAUCACACGUCUCUUCGCUGAUGAAAAGGAGCGGGAGCAGUUGCUUCUAUUGGUGGGGGAUCCCAAUGAAACUCCCACCGUAUUUGGUGAAGGGGUUCUAAAGCCUCCGUCACUGCAGGAAUUUGACGAAGUUGUUGACAGCGCUUUACCGGUGUGGGCUCGGUUGCGUUUGCAGGAGGCCGUCGCACUCAACACGGAUGGCAACGAAAAGGUUAGCAGCGGCAGUGUGAAAAUAUCCGAGCAGUUUCUUAUCGACGCCAUCGAUGGAUGGAUGAAUGGCAGAAGCCAUAAAGAAAAUGACGCCCUCGUGGUGGCGUGCGGUGUUAAACCUGAGGUGCUGGAGGCGGCACGCGGUAGGGCUGCUGAGCUCCCCAAUGCAGUAGAGGAUUUCAUCAUCGAUGUUGUUUUUCCACCUUCAUAUGGUAAUGAAGCAAAAGAGAGUGACAUGGUGGAUUGGCUCAUAGCUUCAUAUGAGCAGUGCUGCGAGGCAGUCAACGCUGAAGAAGAAGAGGAUACUGAGAGAGAUCAAGAAAAUGAAAACAACGAGGAGGUACUGCUAACAAGCGAGAACGUCGCUACGUUUAUGCUUGAAAAUCCAUCUGUCAUCCCCAAAGCGAUCGUGCGGGAAUUACGGCGGAAGUUGUACGAUCCGGAAAUUACCGAGUUCGAACUGCGAAACCACUACCUCGCGUCUGAACUUGUUGCGUUCGCCAAGGGAGAGUUGGGUCUUAAGAAGGGGCUGAACAGGACGAAUUGCGUCAAGGCAAUUUUGGAACACCAUAGCACAUCUAAGAAAAAAACAUCUCCAAAGAAAACUGGACCGCAGAAAAGAGGAAGGGCCAAACGGUAA